CACACAGGGAGGGUUCUGGAUAAAGCGCGCGUGUGGAUGUACGUGCAAGGACGUUUAGGAUAAUCCCAUUUAUGUGUUUUCGCGGUUAGGAAUAAGCGUUUGAUAUAAUUGUCGAUAUUUUCACAUAGACAUGGCGAGUAUAGGACUGAAUACAGAAGAACGGGCGGUUUUCACGCAGCUGAAGCCCGUGAGGAUGACUGGAGCGGACGGGCCGGAGGACCUGGUGUUUGAGGACGUUAAACCCGCGACACGACUGGAGAUGGAUAAAUAUUUGCCCCCAAGUGGCAUAAUGCUGUCCCCACCCAUGACAGACAAGAAGUACCGUCGAGACAGCGCCUCUGUGGUUGAUGUUUUUGCAGAUGAGAAACCUGCUCCUUACAGCCUCAACAUCAACGUCAUCUUGCCCAACACCACACACCUCCGCAUGGGCCUGUACCGUCCCAACAAACCCUUGGUGCAUCACAUCAAAACCGAGCCAGGGUUGGAAGAACCUUGCGGCAUUCAGGCGCUCCCCGAAUUCACCUCCGUCUUCAGCGUGCCCCAGACAGUCAACAGUCUCUUCAUCAAACCGGACAUGAGCGUUACAGACGAGCUCCACAUUGGCCCUCAGCAACCUUCGGCCUAUCAGAUGCCCAUCAGUAGUAGCGACCUAACCACCAUGACCUUCUCCCAGAGCCAAGCUAUAAACGGCGUCGUCGCAUCUGACAGGACCAUGCUCAACCUGAACACUGUGGCCUUGACGACACAAUCCGGCGAAUUCGUUAUGCCCGAACCGUUCUACACGUCACCUCAGCCGCACAGUUUGCCUCCGUCGCCCCCGAAUUCCCAGCCGGGCAGUCCGGAGAACCAGGCAGAGCUCAUUACCUCCAUCUCUACUCCCCCGCUGUACCAGGGCAGAAUCGGAAUGAAGGCUGGACAGAUGACUCCUCAUUCAGUGCUAAUGGCCCAUGGUCAGGGCAUCCUCACGGGACCCAGAUACAACCGACGGAACAAUCCUGAGCUGGAGAAGAGGAGGAUCCAUCACUGUGACUUUCCAGGAUGCUGCAAAGUAUACACGAAAAGCUCUCACUUGAAAGCGCACCAAAGGACUCAUACAGGUGAGAAGCCGUACCGAUGCAGCUGGGAGGGAUGCGACUGGCGUUUCGCCCGAUCAGAUGAACUGACGCGGCAUUACCGAAAACACACGGGAGCGAAGCCAUUCAAAUGCAUCGCGUGCAGUCGCUGCUUCUCUCGCUCGGACCAUCUGGCGCUGCACAUGAAGCGCCACCAAAACUAAUGGACUUUUGUACUUUUAAGCAUUUUAUCGAUUGAUAUUUUACCCGAAGAUCAAAUAUACAAUAUGCUAGUACAAGCUCUGCCAAUUACACUCCAGGAUUCAUCACAAAUGUUCUUCAGGAGGACUGGACAUCACGAGACCGUCACAGAAAGAGCGUAAAUAGGAUGUAUAGUACUGUACAUAUGUUUUGUAUGUGUGUGUAUGUAGAUGAAUGUGAAAACAUGUUAUGAAUUCAUGAAUACUUGACCUCCACCAUGUUUUUCUAAAUUUCAAAGCGCAUUCCUUUUGGUCCUUGUCUUCCAAAUAACUUGAAACGUACGAUGAAUCUAAGAUAACAUUUCAUUCAUUUGGAGAGCGCGAUCUCCAUUAUGUAGUAAAAAAUAGUCUCAUAGUUAGUAUGGAAUUCCCCCACCCCAUUGAAAAUCUCAAAUUGUUUGCUUUUGGGUUAUACCAUACAAAACUGAGUAACCUGGUGUUUGCUUUUCUCACAGUUGUGUAUCCAUGGAUACAGUUCUUUAUGGGAUUGUGUAAAAGUAUGGCUCAGAUCAGUUGACUGUUUGAUAGAUUUGCAAGAAAAAAUGGAUGAUGGAUAAACCAGAGGCUUAAUUUGAGUAUGUGUGCCAAAGGAAUACAAGCUGUUGCUUCACUUCUAAUUGACAUUAAGACCAUGAAAAUAAUGUAAACAAAGAAUGCAACAUUGUCAUAUCAACCUUUAAAAAAACAAUGACUUUUCUAUAGUACAAGACUUUGAAACCUCACAAUUGUCCCUCGCCUUUCUAAAGAACAAUCGUAUUCGCUGUGGACAGUUGCAUUGAUGUCAUGUGGGGCUGUUAGCCGGUUUGUAAAUACUGUUUUAAAAGUUCUCAAGUUCCCUUUAUCAUUGUAUGUCAGUGAUGAAGGCAACUCUUGGAUAAUGUAUAUACAUGUAAAUACAUUUCUCUUGCUGAUUUUUACUUUUUAUUAUGAACAAAUGGGAUUUUGUCAGGUUGGUUUUGAAUGUGGGUGAAUAAAGUCUGUAGAUCUGUCAUAAUACGUGAUGAUCGGUUUAACGUUUUGUAUUUUCUUGUUUGAAGACAGAAUUUUGAGAAUAAAAAGAACAAUCACA